AUGUUCAUUUCCACCCCAAUUGAUUCACCAAUUUCCACCCUAACGUGGUGCCCGUUCCAUCGCCGCUUUCCUCUGCGUGCGUUUCGUUCCAUCCGUUGGGCGGCUGAGGUCUGGGACUUGGAGGCUCCACGGCUCCUGCUGAGCAUCGUGGGCGGCGCUGGGGAGAUGAACUUGGACCCCGCGGUCGAGGCUCACUUCUGCGAGGAGCUCGUGGGCGCGGCCAAGCAAACCCAUGGCUGGGUCAUCACAGGCGGCACAGACAGCGGUGUCAUGGACCUGGUGGGUCGAGCCAUGCAUCGCCACGAUGCGCGCCGCACGGUGCCCUGCAUUGGUGUGACGCCCUUCGGCGCGCUGAAAGACGCAUGGCGUGCCACACUAGAUCCCGUGGAGGCCGGGCGGAGGGUUGCGAAAGAACGGGUUACGUCUCAUCGUUGGAUCCAUCCGCUGUAG